AUCUAUUUCUUGCUCUUUUUGCGAUCUAGUACUAUUUUUCAAAGGAACUAAAAGAGAACAAAUUCUUCAUCUCUAAAUCAGUCUUUCCAUUGAUCCAAUUAAUUUUGUUUGUUUCUCGUCGGUUCAAAAUUGCUAGAUGCAACGUUUGGUAGCAUCUUGUUCAAAACUCGCAAACACAAGAUACGUAAGAAACCCAUCCCUACCUAACCCAAACCUGUGUGAUGUUUUCAUCAGUCAUCGCAAGAUCGACACCAAGAAGACAAUUUCAGGUCUAUUACAUGAUCAUUUCACUAGACUACAUUUAAAUUCUUUUCUGGAUAGCAAGAGUUUAAAGCCUGGGGAUAGACUUCUCUUUGAGGUCAAUGCAGCGAUAAGAGAAUGCAGUGUUGGUAUCGCGGUUUUCUCUCCUCGUUACUGCGACUCUUACUUCUGUCUCCAUGAACUCAUGAGGCUCAUGGAGAACAAGAAGAGAAUCAUCCCAAUCUUUUGCAAUGUCAAGCCAUCGGAACUCUGCGUUAAGGAUGACCGCACACGUCCGGCUGCCGAGAUCCGGAGGCUUCAAUUGGCUCUCGAGGAAGCAAAAUACACCGUAGGACUCACGUUUGACACAUCUAAUGGAGACUGGUCAGAGUUCUUGACUAUGGCAUCGGAUGCAGUCAUCGAUAAUUUGUUAGAUGUUGAACAGGGGAGACUAAGGAGCAUCAACCCCCACGUACAAGAACAUAUCUGCGUAGGUCAAUCAAUACAACAAUCAAUAAUAAAGCGUGUCUUAUCUUCCUUUUAUUAAUUUAAUGUAAUUUAAUUUAAUUUAAUUUGAUAAUUAGUUAGUUUUUUUAUGGAUUUUUCUAAGAAUGUAAAUAUCAUGCAAAAUGAAAAUGUUCAGAUAUAUAAGUUAUCUGGAAAGGUAUCAACAUGGCGAAAAAGGUUUUAAAAAAACGAGGAGAAACAAUUAAGAUUUGCAGUUUUUUUUUGUAAAAAUGUUAAGUAUUAUCACCAGAUUUCAGUUUGAGACAUGGAUUACAAAGUUCACAUGUAGCAGAAUAACAGAAAUAAAACUAAACAAAAGAACCUAAUAACGAUUAUAGAACAAACGAAAAAACUAGAGAAAGGGAUUAGAACCAGACAGCACCAAAGCGAUGAUGGACCAGAAGAGAAGGCAUGAACGGAGUGAGCUAACAGUUGCCAUGAGCUACCGGAAGGAAAUGCGCCCUCAAACCUUGAAACACACCGUUCCUACAACUUCUGAUUCACCCACAACCCACCACCUUCACAAAGAAUCACAUCUCGAACCUGCUUGUACACCCAAGAGGAACCACACCAGCAGCAUGAUAAAGGGGUAUUUCCAUGGGUUUGCCUUGGUAUCGUGUUCAUACUGUUGUAUUGAAUGAUCCCGGUCGUUGAGGAGAGAGCUACAACCGACGAUGCCCUCGCCCUCGUUCGGAGAGAGAAGACUGAAGAUUGCUGCCUCCAACCUUCCUACCCGGGACCAUUACAUCCAUUUAACCGAGUGCUCAUAUAGAACAGCCAGAUAGGAAGAGCGCACCCCCUCCGGAGAAGCGCCUUCGAGUAGACAAGAAAGUCGAGAGCACCAGUGAAGCUUAUCCUUCACCACAAAACCAGAGCACUUCCAGCUUAGACCAGACCGCACUAAGGUUCACAGGAGAAAGAGACAGCGAUACGGAGAGCCACACCGCCGAGCACACACAAAACUUUGAGCAGCAGCCAACACCGAACACGCCAAGACGCACCUGCAGUUGACUAACCUAGACGCGCUGCCACCGAAGACCGAAGAGAGAGAGAGAGAAAUCCACUCACCGACACACUUCACGCGCCACCACCAGAGAUCAUCGGAAGAACACAAAUAUGGAUGAGAGACCUUAGAUCCACGGACCCAGACCCCUAAACUGCUGAGAAAUCCGACUCCAGCCACACCGAGAGGAUGACGAAACCGAAACAGGUUACUCGGAUCCUCAUGCGCCAAUCAAUUGUUUUUCUUCUCCAUUCUUUUCAUGUCUUAUGAUCUUAUCUGUUAUCCUCUCGUAUUCUUUAUCUGCGUUUUGUGGUCGUGGUGAUCUAUUUUGGUCAUUCUUGGGUCAGAUCUUGUAGCUGACAAGCAUAUCCGAUGAUUUUCGAUGAGUACUACGUCGGUGUGGCACUUUGUGUUUGUCUACUUGGGUUUUCUAUAUGGAUUUUGACCAGAGUUUUUAAGAGUUUCUGGUGGACUGAUGGUAUUCUCGUUAAGUUCCGGAUCCUUGUGGAGUGACGGUUUUGGUGUUUUGUUGGUUUGAUUAACCUCCUCGACGUUUCGGUAGCAUGUUGUUUUCUCUUUUUGUUAAUAAGUUAUUGGCCA